CAACACCAUUAAGACACUCGGCAUUUUCUGGGAAUCGUCACACGACCAGCUCCGUGGAAAUAUCCGCAAAAAUUGUGGACGUUGAAACAUUGCACUGGGAAGAAUCCGUACCUCUCGACAUCCAUACCUACUGGACAACAUAUCAUAGACAACUAGGGGCUCUCAACAAUCUAUCGUUUCCUCGCAAGGCAAUUGUGAAUGAUGCUGAUGACAUACAAUUUUGCCAGCGAAAGGGCACAUGGUGCAUGCAUAUGUAUCAGAUCGCAUUCAUCGACUUAUGGAACACAAUGGACUUUAUUCUGCGCAAGAUCAAGAGUGACUCCGUUGAAGAUUGUAUCUCUCCCUCGUUUAGAACUAUGCGGAGCACUUCUCCUACCGAAACUAUAAGAAUCUGUUACUCAAGCUAUACAAUCAAGAUCAAGAAAGCAAUUUUCUGGACUGAUUUCACCAUAGUACUACAUUGGAUUCAUACACAACUAUCGUCAUUAAAAAUUCUCCUGGAAAACCGUACAGCAGAAAUCAAAGAAAGGACUCCACCUGAACGAUGGAGACACGUUCCGCCGGAAAGCAGUCCAGCUAAUGCAGUAUCAAGAGGACUAUUACAAACCGAAAUCACGAACCAGAAGAUUUGA